AUGUCUGCUGCGGGUAUGAGCUGUCCGGGCUGCGGCUCCACAAACAUUGUAGACGAUGAUCUGUACUCACAGGCUCAGCUGGUGUGUGUGGACUGCGGCUCGGUGGUGUCGGAGGGAGUACUGGCCAAUGAUCCAGUGGGAGGUUCAGAUGUCAGCUUCAGUCGAACCACAGCUGUGGCCAAAAAGCCGUGCGCAAACCAGAUCAAAGGUCUGCAGCGCGUGAAAGCCAUAUGUCGGAUUCUGAUGGUCAACAGUGAGAUUGAGGCUCUCUCACAGACGUACUACAAGAUGGCCUACGAGCAUAAAGCCUUCCUCAAAGUGAGCCUUCAGAAGAAAGAUAUUCUCACUGGUUGCUGCGUGCUUGUAAGCUGCAGGCUGCUCAACUGGCCCAUUACCAUAGGAACCAUCAGCUGUCUACUGGAUGCCGACCCAAUGAUGGUGGGAGCAGUUUAUCAAGAAAUGGUCAAGAACCUCAGCAUCGAGGCCCCGAUCGUCAACGUCACCGAUGUAAUAGAAGCUCACUGUCACGAAUACAAAAUUAGCUCAGUCGAUGUUCCUGAAGAAUUGGCUGAGAACUCGAGGGACUUGACCAAACGAGCCGUGGCUCUGGUGGAGCUGGCAGCAGAUUCCUGGAUUGUGACUGGCCGUAAGCCCAUCCCUAUAAUGAUGGCAGCAACGUAUUUGGCCUGGCAAUCCUUGAAACCCAACAAGCAUCGCCUGAAAUUCUCCCUGGACAAGUUCUGUCAGAUCGCCAAAGUGAAAAAGCUCAAGCCUGCUAUGAAGAGAGUAGCUGAGAUUAAGGAGGUGCUGUGUAAGCUUGGCAAGGAAAUCCCCUGGGUCGGAGGAGCAAUGACACCAAAUAAUGUUAUUCAGCAGGUUGAAUGCAUUCUCCAGCACAGGUAUGCCCUGCUAAGGAGGGCUAUGAGAACCCACGAGGAUGCUCUGCUGGAGGAGAGUCAAGCCAGCUGUGCCGAGCCUCCCCUUGAAGAGACUGCUUCCUCCCAAAUCUCAGAGUGUGUCGAUCAGACUCCAGUUACAUCUGUUGUGAAACAAAAUGGAUCGAAUGCUAAUGGGAAAGAGCAACCAGGAGAUGGAGACAAUAAUCCACAUGCACUGCCAGAGCACAGCGCCACUCAGGAGAGCCAAGAUCCACCAGGAAACUGGGGGAAAAGAGUUCUGUUUGCUCCCCCGUGUGUUAUUCAUCCUAAGAAAAGGCGAGUGGAUCAGCGUGAACACAAGGAUGUGACCGGUGAUGAGGAAAUCUCUGACAGCGAAAUUGACUCAUACAUUCGCACUCCUCGGGAGGCUCGAGACUUUGCUCUAAUGCAGCAGAUGUUGCCUUUAUCUGACAGUGGUAAAUCAUAACCCAGUAACUGCUUAAGGGAUGGGGUUGAAUAUUUAAGUUUAUCUGCAGUUUAUUUUUUAUGACUGUUUUACUCAGGAUGCAGAUAUUUUCAUUAUAUAUGACUGAGAACUGAUUUAUGUAAUGUUAUACAGUCCAUGUAACAGACUGUAUCUUUUGUGUUGCUGCUUAUACUUGGUUCACUUUCAAAAUCUUCACUCAGCACUUGAAAAUGUAGCAUAAGAAAUUUAUUCUGUACAAAUAUUUUCUUU